AUGAAGUACUUAAAACAAUUGAAAAUAUUGUUGAAGGUUCAGCAAGAUUUCACAACAUCAAAAGAAGCAAAAAAGUUUCGCAUCAUUUCUCAGCUUCUACCCGUAGUUCGCCUUCGUGUGAUUGUCAAAUGUUUUUCCGAUGAAAAUGGAGCGGAAAAUCAAACUGAGACCCUUAAAUCCAGUUGUCUUGUGAAGCAUCUCGAAGAUCAAAAUACAUGUCCCGAUUGUAAUUUAGUGAUUCAUCAGUCCCAUCCCCUCCAGUACAUUAGCCACGAUCGAACAAUGCAAGAUAUUGUUUACAAAUUAGUCCCAAAUCUCCAAGAGAAUGAACUUAAUCGUGAACGCGAAUUUUACAAAUCUAGAAACAUGACAUGUCCAAAAGACAUCCCGCAAGAUACAAAAGAAGCAGAUGAGAUGGAAUCUAAAUUAAAUGAAGCCCAUCAAGAGUCUGACUAUCAUCGAAUGGACGAACAAGUCAAUCUGUGCCUGGAAUGCAGUGCUAGUAGUAAUUUAAAAAAUCUCAAAAGGCGGUUUAUUCGCUGCAGCUCACAAGCGACCAUCACACAACUUAAGAAAUUUGUAGCCAAGAAAGUAUUAAAUGGAAUAGAUAAAUACCGAGAGAUUGAUAUACUGUGCAAUGAUGAGCUACUAGGCAAGGACCACACACUUAAGUUUGUUUAUGUGACACGUUGGCGUUUCAAGGAUCCGCCACUUCGACUGCAGUACCGGCCGAAAAUCCUAGAUUUAUAAGAACCUUUUAUGCGACGUUUUUUAUCAAUGAGAUUUUUAAUUUUAUUCCUUUCGAAACACUUUUUUGUUUAGUUUUCUUAGAAUGAAUUUAUCGUUAAAAAAACACACACACAUUAGUUUUAAUUGGGGAAACUCGUGGUGACUUGAUGACCUCUCCCUUCUCUCGCGCUAUUUUUAUUUCAUAAAUAAAUGUAAUUCAUGUAAAACGUAACAAUAAACUAUUUUGAUAAGAAAUUUUAAAUUCAAAUGUUUCUUCUUUC